AUGCAGGCAGCGUCUGAGAACAUUUUCGUUGAAGACACGUUCUUUUUGGCUUUGAAUGUGGUCUAUGCCGUGCUAUUCACCAUGGAAGUCAUGCUGAGGCUUUUAGGCAGCGGGUGCAGUAUGUUUAUUUGGUCAUCCCAUGACUGGGCCUGGAAUUGUUUGGACUUGUUUGUGGUUGUGUCUUCCUGGGUGGAGCUUCUUCUGCACAGUCUUGAAGGGAAUUCAUCCAUCAGCGGAAACCGCAACCUUCGUAUGCUCCGGCUCCUUCGCUUCGGCCGAUUGGUGCGUGUGGUUCGGGUGGUGCGAGUGGCCCGCCUCUUCCGAUCCCUGCGAACGUUGAUCAACUCCCUAGUAGGGACCUUGAAGUCGUUGUUUUGGUCCCUCUUGCUCCUGGCGCUCAUUAUGUAUAUGUUCGGCAUAAUGUUCACGGACGCAGUUUUGGAUCAUCGGAACUCUCUUGGCUUCACUGACGCUGGAAGCGACUUGUCCCUGCGUUUUGGAAGUCUGUACUUAUCCAUCGAGACGCUCUUCCGUGCCAUCUCAAAUGGCUUGACCUGGGGGGAGGCAGCUGAUGCCUUAGCAAGAAUGGACCACGGCAUGUUCUGGUGUUCGCUCUUCCACUUCUACGUGGCAUUUUGCAGUUUUGCGGUGUUGAAUGUGAUGACAGGAACCUUUUGCAAUGCUGCCAUCAAAGCUGCAGAGCGUGACCAUGACAUGCUGGUCCUUUCAUUGGUGCAAACGCGGCAAGAGCUGCGGGAGCAAGUGGCGACCCUCUUCCACAAGAUUGACCAGCGUGGAGUUGGACAGGUGACCAUCGAUGAUUUUGAACAGCACUUCAGUGACGACGUGGUGAUUGCUUUCUUUGAAUCCUUGGAGAUUGGUGCCAUGGAUGCAUGGACCCUGUUCUUGAGCUUGGAUGUCGAUGGUGACCACACGAUUAGCGUCGAUGAAUUUACCGAGAGAUGCCUGCAGCUGCAUGGUCCAGCAAGAUCUGCUGAUAUAUUUGCACUACGUCAGAACACUGACAAGCUGGCGGACUAUUUGAUCAAGGUUGAAGGUCGACAGCUGCAACUCCACCAGCGCUUCAACGAGCUCCUGCGCACCAUGAGCAGUGUCGGGUAUCUCACAGAACCUGUGAAGGAGGCAGAGCUAUAA